UCGGAAGCCGUUCUUGAGUGCACGGCUCGCUAGCUUCCGAUCGAUUCCCGCGUCGAGGCGACUGGGAAUCCCAACAAUCAUGGGUGAUUCCAGGAAGUUCGACCGACGUCAAGUUUUUCGAAACUCGCGAUCGGCACGGACCCGCCUCCAAAUCCCUUCCGAACAGUCAGAGGAAGAGGACGACGUCGAAAGUAUGAACCUUUCGUGGGUUCAGAAGCUGCUUCCCAAAUCCUCGGAAAACAACAGUCCGCAACAAUCCCCUCAACAUUGUUCAAAUCUCUGUCCAAACACACCGAGAAAACUCAAUCAGUCGCCGCACCACCGACCUGUCCUCUCCGAUGGAUAUGGACGCGGCGAAGACACGAGAUACGGAAUGGACACAGAAGAGUUCAGAUUGAAAGGUCGGGAUAUGGUCGAUUACAUCGCCGAAUACCUCGAAAACAUAGGUCAGCGGAGGGUCACACCGAAAUGUGAGCCCGGUUACCUCAAAGAUUUGUUGCCGCGGAAGGCCCCUCAAAAACCGGAGGAUUGGGACAUCAUCAUGGCCGACUUUGAGAAAUUCAUAAUGCCCGGAGUCACCCACUGGCAACAUCCCAGAUUCCAUGCGUAUUUCCCCGCCGGGAAUAGCUACCCAUCAAUCCUGGCAGACAUGGUUUCCGAUGCGAUCGGUUGCGUCGGCUUUAGCUGGGCUGCCAGUCCUGUUUGCACCGAGCUGGAAAUCAUCAUGCUCGAUUGGUUGGGCAAGAUGAUCGGCUUGCCGGAGGAGUUCCUGUGUCUUCAUGGGGAUAGCAAAGGCGGAGGUGUAAUCCAGACUUCGGCCUCCGAAUGUGUCUUGGUUUCUCUAUUAGCCGCUCGCUACGACGCUAUCAAGAAAGCGAAACUCAAGUACCCGAGCCUAGAUGACUAUGCCAUACUUCCAAAGUUGAUGGCGUACUGCUCGACUGAGUCGCAUUCUUGCGUUGAGAAAGCCGCUCGCAUCGGCUUCGUGAAGCUCCGUAUUCUCGAUACUGAUCCUACAAAUCGAUUGCGAGGGAACGUACUAGCCAGAGCGAUCAAAGAAGAUAAAGCUGCCGGGUCGAUCCCUUUCUUCGUUUCGACAACCCUGGGAACCACGUCUUGUUGUUCCUUCGAUCCGUUGGACGAAAUCGGGCCCAUUUGCAAACAGGAGGAAAUCUGGUUACACGUGGAUGCCGCUUUCGCGGGUUCCGCGUUCAUAUGCCCCGAGUUCCAACACCUUACUGACGGCAUUGAGCACGCCAUGUCUUUCAACACGAACCCUAACAAGUGGAUGCUGGUCAACUUCGACUGCUCCACAAUGUGGGUCAAAGAUCGCUUCAAAUUGACUGAAGCGCUCGUUGUGGAUCCACUAUAUCUACAACACAGCUAUUCCGAUAAAGCCAUAGACUACAGGCAUUGGGGUAUACCUCUGAGCCGACGCUUCCGAUCCCUAAAACUCUGGUUCGUGAUUCGUCGAUAUGGAGUUGAGGGUUUGCAAAGGUACAUUCGCGAUCAUGUUCGUUUAGCCAAGAAAUUCGAAUGCUUGGUCCGCCAUGACGAUCGCUUCGAGGUUUGCAAUGAAGUCAUUCUCUCGCUGGUUUGUUUCCGCUUGAAGGGGAGCAACGCUCUGAAUAAGAAAUUGUUGACCAUUAUCAAUGCCAGCGGAAAACUUCACAUGGUCCCCGCUUCGCUCCACAAUCGAUUCGUCAUCCGCUUCUGUGUGUGUGCCCAGAACGCCACGGAUGAGGACAUCGGAUACGCUUGGGAUGUCAUCAGUCAAACGACAACCGAACUCCUCGAGGAGACUGAAUACGAGGCAGCAGAGCCAGACGAGGUCUUCCUUCUCGACAAAAAGCGACACUCGCUCAGAUACAAGAGAUCGUUCUUUGUUCGCAUGGUGUCGGACCCAAAGCUCUAUAACCCGAAGAUUGUUCGAGCGCUAUCCGAUAACGAGAGCGGUAAAGCGGAAGACUCUGGGGACGCAGCGAAGAAAAUGUCAUCUUCAGCCGAGAAGCUCCAGAACAUUAAUGCGGUUUAGGUCAAACCCUCCCGUUGCAGAGCAUGCGAUCUAGCUGUCAAUAAAAUUGAUCUCUAGCCAGGGCCCAGAUUGUGUUGGCUAGGGUUCCCGUAUGUUUCGGAGGGCGCGGUGAAAACUUAUCGGCCAUCGAUCAGAACCUCUCUCCACGGUUGUGUGGAAUUUCUGUGGGAGAGGUUCACGCGGCGCCCCGUGAUUGUAUCCAGAAUGACACGUGAAAUUCUGUGGGAAUUUAAAUCCAUUUCAAAUGAGUACUCCUUAAUUAUUGAAUAAUUACUCGUUUAUUGAUUCUGAUUAGUACAUCAUCUGAUGGAAUCGUCCCGCGGACCUUCCCCAAUCGGAGAGAUGCACAUGA